UUUGCGUUUAUAUCGUGCUUCAGGAUAUAGGUACAAAGCAUUGAGAUCUUCCACACUGUGUGCUUUAGCCGUGCGCGAUCCCUCUCCAAAAUUACGCAGUCUGUUUAAAAGAAACAUCCACAGACUCAUUCCAUCACUCACGACUUUGGUCGUCUCACCUGCUCUCGCGGUGUUCAGGAGAGGUAUCCAGUGAUGGAUCAGGACAAGUACCUGCCAGAGCUCCUUGCUGAGAAGGAAAGCUUGGACCCGUCGUUCGUGCAUGCGAUGCGCCUUCUCGCUGAAGAAAUUGAAAAGUUUGAAGGAGAUGAGUUGAGAAAAGAUGGAGAGGUGAAGAAAUACUUGGAUAUCAUCAGCAACAAAAACAUCAAGCUGUCAGAGAGAGUGCUGAUCCCAGUACAGCAGUAUCCUAAGUUUAAUUUUGUUGGGAAACUGCUGGGGCCCAGGGGCAAUUCCAUGAAAAGAUUACAAGAGGAAACAGGAGCAAAGAUGUCCAUCCUUGGCAAGGGUUCAAUGAGAGAUAAAGGCAAGGAGGAAGAGCUAAGGAAAAGUGGAGAGGCGAAGUAUACCCAUUUGAGCAAUGAUCUUCAUGUUUUAAUUGAAGUCUUUGCACCACCUGGAGAGGCUUACUCUCGUAUGAGCCAUGCCCUGGAGGAGAUUAAGAAGUUCCUUGUACCAGAUUACAAUGAUGAAAUCAGGCAGGAACAGCUUCGUGAGCUCUCCUACUUAAAUGGCUCAGAUGACCCAAGCAGAGGAAGGACUGUACGAGGACGUGGCAUUCGUGUGGCCUCCACAGUCUCCACACGAGGGCGAGGAGGGGCAGUUCCACCUCCUCCACGUGGACGAGGAGCAGCAGCACCCAGAGGAACUGGUGGUACACGUACUUUCCUUUCCACACUAGCACUUGCUAGAGGAGUUUCUGCACCACGUGCCAGAGGAACUCCAGGGACCCCUGGAUACAGACCUCUGCUACUGCAGGCCACGCACAAAUCAUACGAUGACUAUGGAUAUGAUGAUGGCUAUGACGGGGAAUACGAUAACCAGAGUUAUGAGGCAUAUGAUGACAACUACAGCAACCAGUCAAAAAGUGUCUCAGAAUAUUAUGAAUAUGGACAUGGAAAUAAUGAUGAAACCUACGACAAGUAUGCAGAAGAGGACUGGAUAUCCUCCCGGCCAAACCUCAAAGCCCCAGCAUCAAGACUUAGUCGAGGGGGCUACAGAGAUCACCCCUAUGGUAGAUAUUAAAGGUGUUCCAGAUAAUGUGAACUCCGCAGAAUGCCAACCUUACUAAAUCAUCUAAAAAAGCAUUUAAGUGAUAGGUCAAUCAUGUUUUUAAAAUUGCCCUAACCCAGGAAAAAGCCCUACACGGUCCCUUUUCCUAUCUGACAAUAUGGACUUUGUGAACAUUGGUUGAAACUGAAUUCUGGCAAAGGACUUGGCAGUCUACUUUUUUCAUGGAAUGCUCCUUUUAGUUUUCAUUGUUUGUCCCCCAAAUGUAAAGCAUUGAAUUAGCUACACCUUUAUGCUUCCCUGACUUUGAGAAUCAUUUCGUUAAGGAAAAAAUGUAUCGAAACUCAUUGUACAUAACAUCUUUCUUAAUACGUCUUGAUUUGAUUAUGGUAAAUACUGAGUUUGUACAUUUAAUUUUGAUAUCAGUAUUGGGUUUGAAAGCAAUUGGCUAUGUAAAUAGCCACAUACAAGUGAUUUUCUUUGUGUGUAGCUUGUUUUUGUACAUAAAAUAUGUAAUAAAAAGGAUGUAAAGCACCUUGUGCAAGCUUCUCUAAAUAGGUGAUUAUUAUUGUUAAACUUGUGUUGCUAUAGUUUGUUAAUAAGUAUGAGAUCAUUUUUGUAAAAUUAGAUAGGUACGUACUUGUCUUUAGUACUAAAUGGCUGUUUGAGAUGAGGAAAUGGCUAAUAUGUUUUUUUAUUUUUUAUUUAUA